UUCCAUUUCCUGACGCUCUAAUCUCUCUCUUCAUCUCUCUCUCUCUCUCUCUCUCUCUCUUUAUAUCUCUCACUGAUUGAAGAAGGUUUUGAUCUGUAGUAACUAGAGAAACAAGUUUUGUUGUCGUGUUUAGUUUUUGAGUUCAAAUGGCUGGGAUUUGUUGUGGUGUUGUUGGAGAGACCGAACCGGCGGCACCUGCUGAUUCGACCACUCGUGCUUCGUUAAGACGGAGGUUAGAUCUGCUCCCGUCGAUCAAAAUUGUUGCUCCGCCGCUUGAGAGUUGCCGUAAACGGCAGAAGCGUGAUACAGUAGUGUUACCGAAUCUAGAUCUGGAAUCGAAUGUGAGGAGUGAUAAAAAACAGAAGGUUACGAAUUCAAAUUCUGUUACGGAAGCAGAGAGCUGUUUCUUUUCCGAUGUUCCCAAGAUUGGUACGACGUCGGUUUGCGGUAGGAGAAGAGACAUGGAAGACGCUGUCUCGGUUCAUCCUUCGUUUAUUAAAAAGAACUCUGAGAAUCUUCAUUUCUACGGUGUCUUUGAUGGCCAUGGCUGCUCUCAUGUUGCGGAGAAGUGUAGAGAACGGUUGCAUGAUAUUGUCAAGGACGAGGUUGAGGUUAUGGCUUCCGGAGAAGAGUGGAAGGAGACGAUGGUGAAGAGUUUUAAAAAAAUGGACAAAGAAGUUAGCCAACGAGAGUUUAACUCAGCUGUUACUGGUGCAAAUCGGAGUUUGAAGAACUCUUGUAGAUGUGAAUUGCAGUCUCCUCAGUGUGAUGCCGUUGGAUCUACCGCUGUUGUCUCUGUUGUCACGCCUGAGAAGAUCAUUGUCUCCAACUGUGGUGAUUCACGCGCCGUGCUUUGCCGUAACGGCGUAGCCAUCCCUCUCUCCGUAGACCACAAGCCGGAUCGACCCGAUGAAUUGAUUCGUAUUCAGCAAGCGGGUGGGCGAGUUAUCUAUUGGGAUGGAGCUAGGGUUCUUGGAGUUCUUGCCAUGUCUAGAGCAAUUGGCGAUAAUUACUUGAAACCAUAUGUGAUUCCGGAUCCGGAGGUAACAGUGACGGAUCGAACCGACGACGACGAGUGUUUGAUCUUGGCUAGUGAUGGACUAUGGGACGUAGUGCCCAACGAGACUGCUUGUGGCGUGGCUCGCAUGUGCCUUCGAGGUGCUGAUGCGGCGGAGGGAGAAGACUCUGAUGCGGCGACUGCGCACAACGCGUGCUCAGACGCGGCUUUGCUCUUGACGAAGUUGGCACUUGCGAGACAGAGCUCCGAUAACGUGAGCGUCGUGGUGGUUGACUUGAGGAAGAGGAGGAAUAAUAAUAAUAAUCAAUCAUCUUCUUAAUUAGUACUUUAAUUGGGGACUAGUAAUUAGUAUUUAGAGAAAUUGUUUACAUAGACCCUAAUUGUAUUCUUUUCUAUAUUUUCUACUUUAGUUUUUAAACGGUUCUUAAUUCAGGCUGGGGAAGAAAAAAAAAAAAAAAGGAGCUGAUCACAAAAAGUUUACGUGUUAUCUCUUAUAAUAUGUUCGUAAUACGGAAUGUAACGUAAUGUAUAAUCUGUGAAACAGUAAUACGUAAGUUAAUAUAAGAAGAAAAACCUAUUCCUCUUUGCUU